AUGGUGGAGAUAGGUGCUCCUCAGCAAUCCGCCGACGAUAGCUUAGAAAACGCCGAAUGGUAUUGGGGUGACAUUACCAGAGAUGAAGCCAAUGAAAAACUCAAAGACACAAGUGAUGGUACCUUCCUUGUCCGCAAUGCUUCCAAUAAAGACAAUGGUUACACAUUAACUGUAAGAAAGGGAGGUACCAAUAAGUUAAUAAAAAUUUAUUAUCAAGAUGGCCGCUACGGAUUCUGUGAACCUUUCGAAUUCAACUCAAUUGUCGAUCUUAUUAGAUUUUAUACGGAAUAUUCACUGGAGCAUUGCAAUAGUAGCCUGAACAUCAAGCUUAUGUACCCAUUGUCGAGGCAUCAAGAAAAUGAUGUAGGUGAAAACAUCAGUGAUGAAACAUUAGAAACACGGUACAAAAACAUCCAUAAAGAAUUUGUAUUGAAAACGAGAGACUACGAUGAAAGAUCAGACAAAUAUAUGAGACUCAGGGAAGAAGUGAAAUUCAAAAGACAAGCUUUAGAUGCUUUCAAAGAAACGGUGAAAGUAUGCGAGGACCAUCUCAAACUUCAAGAGAAGAUGCAGUCAGAAGCUCAACCACAUGAAAAGAAUGAUCUUAUAGAAAACAAUAGACAGCUUAUAUCAAAAGUAAACAGCUUUAAACAAGCCAGAGCUCAACUUCACAAUAUACUUAGAGAAACAGUUGAAUCUAAUUUAUUAUUGGAAAGAGAAAUAACCAAACUGAAAUCGGAAAUCAUCAAUUUGUAUAAAAUAAAAGAUCGCUACAAAAAGUUAUUACAAAGACGGGGGAAAACUGAAGAAUAUUUGCAGGCUCUAGAAGAAGACAAUAUACAUAAGUUAGAAAAACUAUAUGCCCACAGAGAAAUGGUAACUUGGAUGGUGGAAAAUUGUACCAGGGAUAUGGCGGAGAAGUUACUGAAAGGAAAGCCUCAAGGAACUUUUCUUAUUCGACCAAAUUCUACUGGCCAACUCGCACUCUCCAUAUGUUGUAACAAUAUGGUCUAUCAUUGUAUAAUUUUCAAGACUGAAAGAGGUUACGGUUUUGCAGAACCUUAUAAUAUUCAUAAGACAUUAAAUGAACUUGUACUGCAUUAUGCUGCAAACUCAUUAGACGAACACAAUGAACAGUUACGAACAUCUUUGAAAUAUCCUGUGAAUGCACACUUAGUGAAAAAACCGGAUAAGGAAAUGCAUCAUGAAUCCCACCUCCAGCCAUAUCAUCGCAAACAAAGGAAACAAAGACAGCCUCUGCCGUAA